GGCUGUGCGGUGCCCCAAAGGGGAACCGCUCGCGGGUACGUCCAGACGCGUGAAGCUGCGUCGCGCUGAGCACUCUGGGAUUUGUAGUUCUCCACAUGGAGCGAGCUGUGUCAUACGCUGUACCUCUGGGUCAGAUGGAAGUGUUUCAGGCCCUGCAGCGGCUCCACAUGACCAUUUUCUCCCAGAGUGUCUCACCCUGCGGGAAGUUCCUGGCAGCUGGCAACAAUUAUGGGCAGAUAGCCAUCUUCAGCUUGUCUGCUGCUUUGAGCUCUGAGGCCAAAGAAGAAAGUAAGAAGCCUGUGGUCACAUUCCAAGCCCAUGAUGGACCCGUCUACAGCAUGGUCUCCACUGAUCGACAUCUGCUCAGUGCUGGGGAUGGGGAGGUGAAGGCCUGGCUUUGGGCAGAGAUCCUCAAGAAGGGCUGUAAGGAGCUGUGGCGGCGUCAGCCCCCAUACAGGACCAGCCUAGAAGUGCCUGAGAUCAAUGCUUUGCUUCUCGUCCCCAAGGAGAAUUCUCUCAUCCUGGCAGGGGGAGACUGUCAGUUGCAUACGAUGGACCUCGAGACUGGGGCCUUCACACGGGCCCUCCGGGGCCACACGGACUAUAUCCACUGCCUGGCACUGCGGGAGCGGAGCCCUGAAGUGCUGUCGGGUGGCGAGGAUGGAGCCGUGAGACUUUGGGACCUCCGCACAGCCAAGGAAGUCCAGACCAUCGAGGUGUAUAAGCAUGAGGAGUGCUCGAGACCCCACAAUGGGCGUUGGAUCGGAUGUUUGGCAACUGACUCAGACUGGAUGGUCUGUGGAGGCGGCCCAGCACUCACCCUCUGGCACCUCCGAUCCUCCACACCCACCACCAUUUUCCCCAUGCGGGCGCCACAGAAACACGUCACCUUCUACCAGGACCUGAUUUUGUCUGCUGGCCAGGGCCGCUGUGUCAACCAGUGGCAGCUGAGUGGGGAGCUCAAGGCCCAGGUGCCUGGCUCCUCCCCAGGGCUGCUUAGCCUCAGUCUCAACCAGCAGCCAGCAGCACCUGAGUGCAAGGUCCUGACAGCUGCAGGUAACAGCUGCCGGGUGGAUGUCUUCACCAAUCUGGGCUACCGCGCCUUCUCCUUGUCCUUCUGACCUCUGGCAACACCUCUUCCAUCCCAGGGAUUUGGAGUGCUUUUUUCUUUCUUUUUUUUUUUAAUAAAUAAAUUUUC